UGUUAGUUGGGGUUAUAUGCUUAAUAAACAAAACUUAUCAGCUGUUGCAACUUUUAGUUGUAAGCUUUUGUUUAUUUGUCAACCAAAAUGGACAAUUAUCCACAAAAGUUAGUUGAUCAGUAUUUAAAGGCUUCGAAUAAACUCAAAAAGUUUGAUAGAGUCGUUUUCAAACGCUUUGCGCCUAAUGUCACCGAGGUGCUGGAGGAGUUCGGACGUUUGGCGUCACGUUUCGAGGAGGCUGGUAUCUUUCAGUAUGCUGCAAUGUGUCACUUAGGCGUUGCUAAGUGUGAGCUGUCUGCAGGAAAUGUGAUCAACGAAUGCCAAGCUUACCUGAGAGCAGCUCGCGCUUUCAUGCGCGUUCACAAUACAAACGCUGCACUGCAACUCCGUUCCAGCGGUGGCGAAUUUAAGGAGGGUGCAUUGCGUUGUUACUGUCAAGCAUUGGAACGUUGUGCCGAUGACACGGUUUUGAAGGCGGCUAUAAUCCGUGAAAUGUCACCGCUGCAGCCACAUUAUGAUGGCUGCAGUAGUUUUGCUUCCCCUGCACAUAGAAUAUUUGAGCUAGAAGUAGCAGCACAUGCAUCAUUAGAACAGAGAGAUUUUCUCAGCGCACUUCACCAGCUCGAUGAUAUAGUAGAUAAUAUUUGCGAGCGCAAACAGCAUGAAUUGUAUGCAGAUCUGCUGCAGCGUGUAGAAAUAUUACGAUUGCUUUUGUUGAUGGCGUUAAACCUGCCACCAGCGCGCCAGUCACCAUCACAUAUUAAGCUAAUGGAAUAUUAUGGGCGAUUGGCGGAUCUCGAGAAUGAAAACAAGGCGGGCGCAAGUUCGCCGCUUGCAGAGAUAGGUGGAAAUCACUAUAGCACAGGCACUUAUGUACCGCUACAAAUGAAAUGGGAGCUGUCGGAAAUAGUGUUAGCCUGGAAGGAAUGCCGAAUAACAGACUACAAAGUAAUGCUAAAUCAGUUUGUGGCAAAAUUUAAUGCGCUCAAUGAGGCACAUCGGCAUGUAGCGCGAUGUAUAUGUGAGAAGUUGGAGGAAAAAUAUUGAGGGGGACAAUAAGUGGGUGGUUGGGAAAGAAACAAAAUUUGUUGUUAAUCAAAUAAGCGCAUUAAUUAUUUUCAUGCAUAUUUUAAUAAAUGUUUAUUGACAGUGAA